CUUUAGUUUCACUUAAACUUUUAAUUCGAAAUGUCGGAGGAACCAAAGUGUCUUUGGGGCGGGCGCUUCACCGAAAAGAUUAACAACAGUCUUGAGGAACUGAACCGAAGCAUCGAUGAGGAUGCGAGGCUCUUCGCAGAGGAUCUAAACGGAAGUAAAGCCUAUGCUCAAGCGUUAGCCAAAGCUAAAAUCAUUACCGAAAAAGAAAGUGAAGAAAUUGGCCACGGUUUAGAAUUGAUACGGUUUGACUGGCUUGAAAAGGCAGUGAAAAUCGAAAGUUCUGAUGAGGAUAUCCAUACCUUGAAUGAGAGACUCCUAGUGAAAUACUGUGGAAAUAUAGGUGAAAAACUUCAUACUGGACGCAGUCGAAAUGAUCAAUCUGUGACCGAUGUAAGGCUAUGGAUGAAAAGAGCAAUUCAUGAAACUCUCGUAACGAUUGGAGGACUCAUUAGUGCCAUCGUAAAAACGGCAAAUGAACAUAAAAAUGUGCUGCUGCCAGGAUAUACACAUCUCCAAAGAGCUCAGCCUGUUCGUUUUGCACAUUGGCUCCUUAGCCAUGCUUUUGCAUUACGAGAGGAUUGUUUGAGAUUUAAGGAUCUGUUUCAAAGAGUCGAUGUGCUCCCCUUGGGCAGUGGAGCACUGGCUGGAAAUCCACUUGGCAUCGACCGAGAACUUCUGGCCAGUUUGCUGGGAUUUACUAAAAUUAGUCAGAAUAGCAUGCAUGCUGUUGGUGAUCGUGACUACAUAGCCGAAUUCAACUUUGCCGCUAGCAUGACUAGCUUACAUCUGAGUCGUCUUGCCGAAGACUUAAUUGUAUAUUCCACAAAGGAAUUCAACUUCAUAAAAAUUUCCGAUGCGUUUUCAACAGGAAGCAGUUUGAUGCCUCAAAAACGAAAUCCUGACUCAUUAGAACUCAUUCGUGGAGUAGCUGGAUCAAUAUUCGGCUCAUUGUCAGGUUUCAUGAUGACACUCAAAGGACUACCAUCUACAUACAACAAGGAUCUGCAAUUGGAUAAAAAGUCAAUUUUCAACUCCUUUGAUUCCUUGAAACAGGUCCUGAACGUGAUGGAAGGUGUGAUACAGACGAUGGAAGUAAACGUCGCUGAAUGUGAGAAAGCACUCAGUCCAGACAUGCUAGCGACAGAUUGGGCUUACUACUUGGUGAAGAGAGGAAUACCAUUCAGGACUGCGCACCAUAUUGUCGGAAAAUGUGUCGCUUUGGCUGAGAAAAAUAAACAUAGCAUCCUCGAACUUCCUUUUGCUGACUUGGAAUCGAUUUGCGAUAAGUUUUCCGUAGACAUUGAGAAAUGUAAUAGUUAUUUGAGAAGUGUUGAACAAUAUGACGUCAUAGGUGGUACCAGUAGCUCUGCAGUUAAAACACAAGUUGAUAUUCUAUCAGAAAUUGUAAAAAAUAUUCAAGCUUGCAAGCAUAUAAAUGAAGUCAAUAGCUUGGCACUUUAAAUAAAAAUUAUG